UGUCGUGACACCAAUAGUUGAGGUAAUUUUUUGUACUUUACCCAAUAAGUUUCUAUAUAUUAUUUGCCUAAUUGCUUUCUCUAUUUUUAAUAUUACCAUAUAUAAUGUGCCUAAUUAAUUUCUAUGUUAACAUACACCAUAUAUAUAUAUUCUGCCAGUUCUCCUUUUUAUUAGUAGCACAGGGCUCCGGAGAGAAGAAAAAAAAAACCACUCUCUCUCUUCCCCUCUUCACUCUCUUAAACACUCCCCUCUAAUUAAUUUGCAUUUCUUUUCUCCUCAUCCAAAGACCGAUAGACGAAGACGACAAAGGGGAUUCGAAAUUGUGGAGAGAUAUCGCUUCGCCUAUCCAUCUAUUUAGUUUGUUGUGACAAAUCAAGUAAAACCUAAAAACAAUGUCGUCAAACACUCAUUCACCGUGCGCUGCGUGCAAGUUUUUACGGCGAAAAUGCACACAAGAAUGCGUGUUCGCCCCCUAUUUCCCACCCGACCAACCUCAAAAGUUCGCAAACGUUCACAAGGUUUACGGUGCGAGCAACGUCGCCAAGAUCCUGAACGAACUCAAUGUUGCACACCGUGAAGAUGCGGUGACAUCAUUGGCCUAUGAGGCGGAGGCUCGUCUUCGGGACCCGGUGUAUGGGUGCGUUGGUUUCAUCUCAAUCCUCCAGAACAGGCUCAAGCAAGUCCAGACUGACCUCUACAACGCCAAGAAAGAUCUGUCUGCCUAUAUUGGCCCUCAGGCAAUGAUGAUCCCCGUUUUUCCUCCGCCCCAACAAACAGACAUGAACGGGUCUGUGCCUAUGUUGGGGGUUUCCACUGGCCCUCCGCCCCAGCAGGGCUGUGGUGGAGGUCAGCUUGUGAUUCGCGACCAGCAUCAGCAACAAUUGUUCGAGGCUCAUCAGCAAGAUCUUGUGAGGUUCAAUAUCAAUGGUAUGGACACCGCAGCGAGUUCAGUUACUGGAAAUGGGUUUAAUCAGAUUCCCGCAGCUGCUGCUAGUAAUGGUGUGGUGUCUGGUUCAUUGGGUUUGGGUGGAGCUUUUGAUAAUAACCAUUAUAACCAGGUCCAACAGCAAGCAACUGCACAUCAUCAGAAUUCCCUUGAAUAUCAGCUUCAGGCUCAGCUGAUGCUCCAACCACAACCGGCGGCCGAGCAAUCGCAGCAGAAAUCAGAAGGCGAGGAGAGUUGAGAUUCUCCCUUGCAUGCCUUCCUUCUUCAAUAAACAAUUUCCCAUCCUUGUUUAAUUUGUAAGUCCAGCUCUAGCGCAGAGAUGAAGAUACAAAUAUACUGAAAGAGAACUCCAUAUAUGAGACUGAAUGAAGAUGUGCAAGUGUAGCCAAACACUAUAAGUUGAUGAGGGAUUGGUUUGAGCUUAAAAGAACAACUCGGUUUGGUGAUGUGAUUGAAUUGUAAACUUAUGUUCGUUCUUGAGCAAAGACUUUCUUCACGAAUUGCAUCCUCCUUCAUUUCCUAGUUUAAUUACUUGUCGCAGUGCUUGGGUUUUACUGUUUACAACGACAAUUGUUAUUAUUGGUAAUAAGCAGUGGUCAAUUGUUGUAGUAGUUCUUAGAAUGUGACAGUCGUACUGUGCGUUCUGGACGUCUUAUAUUUACCAAAUAAGAAACUGUCAUCAUGUAAUAAUUUCUCGUUUAGUUAUAUAUGGAGUAUCUAAAUAUCUUUA